UUUUGAGUGGUGGACUUUACAAGAGGAGGAUUCCUCUCUUACCUUUCCCUCAUCCAUAUCUCUCUCACUUUCUCUCUCCUCCCCUCCCCUCUCUUCUCUCUCUCUUCUCUCUCUCUCUGUCUGUGGUUGCUAUUUUGUCUAUCUUUAUAAGCAUCAUCCAAGAGAUCACUAUGCUCCAUUAAGCUAUAGUAGUAGCAGCAGUAGUAGGAGUAGUACUAGUACGACUAACUAAAGAAUUGGUUGAAAGAUGAUGAAAGGGUUGGGAUUAGAUGAGAGCAUGUCCAAUUUGACUUCUACUAUCUCCGGUGAAACAAGCAUUUCUUCGAACGCUAGAAAUGAUCAAUCUUCCUCCACCACCACCAUCAACGCCCACGCCAACACCAACACCAACACCAACACCACCACCAACACCAUGCUGUACACACAAGCAUCACCCUCAUCACUCGCAUCGCCUCAUCAACUUCAUCCACCUCCUGCUAAGAAAAAAAGAGGCCUCCCCGGUAACCCAGACCCAGAAGCGGAGGUGAUAGCACUAUCACCAAAGAGUCUACUAGCAACGAACAGGUUUAUAUGCGAGAUCUGCAACAAAGGAUUCCAAAGAGAUCAAAACCUUCAACUUCAUCGAAGAGGUCAUAACCUACCUUGGAAGCUUAAGCAAAGGCCUAAAGAUCAAAUCAUUCGAAAGAAGGUGUAUGUUUGUCCGGAGCCGAGUUGUGUACACCAUGAAGCGUCACGAGCACUCGGAGAUUUGACUGGGAUUAAGAAGCAUUUCUGUAGGAAGCAUGGUGAAAAGAAAUGGAAAUGUGAAAAGUGUUCCAAGAAAUAUGCUGUUCAAUCUGAUUGGAAGGCUCACUCCAAGAUUUGUGGCACUAGAGAGUAUAGAUGUGACUGUGGUACUCUUUUCUCUAGGAGGGACAGUUUUAUAACUCACAGAGCAUUUUGUGACGCUUUAGCAGAAGAGAGUGCAAGAGCCAUUAACCCUCUUAGUACACUUCCAUCAUCUGCUGCAGGUGGAAUGGCAGGAAUUAACACUAAUUCUACCACUCCAUUAUCCCAUUUCUCUCUUCCACCUCACUUGACUUCUCACCAUCAACUCCUUCAAUCUCUCCCUCUCAAGAGAGAACAACCCGACCACCACCACCACCACCACCAGCUCGGACAACACUCGAAUAUGAUCAAUGUUAGGUCGGAUAUUCCGCCUUGGCUAGCUUGCCCUCCUCCGCCACAACAAAAUGGUUUGGAUGGCGGAGGUGGUCAGCUUGAUCAUCAUCAACAACAAUCAUCUCUCUUAUAUUCCUUCCAACACCAACAACACCAACACCACCAGCAACAACAACAGCAACAGCAACAACAACAACAACAACAACAACAACAACAGUAUGAACAACAAAGUUCAAAUAACAAUGCAUUGGGGUCUGCAUUGUCGUCAUUCCAAGCCCCGGCGAAUCCCCAUAUGUCCGCCACCGCACUCUUACAGAAGGCGGCGGAGAUGGGGGUGACUGUUAGUAAUCAACAGCAUCAGCUCCAACAGCAGCAGCAACAACAACAACAACAACAACACGGCCAUCAAGUAGUACUAACAAAUAAUAGUACUAGUUGUGGACUAACUGUCAACCCAGGGUUCAUGGAACAAGGUCAAGUUGUAACAACAACUGAAAACGGAGAUGGAACUGGUGGAGGGCAAUCCUCUAUGAUGCAUGAUGUUAUGUUAUUGAACUCUUUUCAGUCUUCAGCAUCAUCAGCAAGUGGUGCUUUUGAUUCGUCGACUUUUGGUGACUUUCAUCAUCAAGCAAUGACAGUUACAAAGUCACAGCUUAACGGCAUUGGAGGUGGCGGUGGUGGUGGUGGUGGUGGAAAUGGUGGUGGCAAUGGUGGUGGAAACGAAGGGUUGACGAGAGACUUCUUAGGAUUAAGAACAUUUUCUCAUAAGGAUUUCCUAAAUAUGGCAGGGCUUGGACAUAUGAGCCCAUCUUCAGCAUCUUUUGAACAACAACAUGACCACCAUCAGAACAACCAACAAACACCUUGGUAAGGCCAGGUUAUGGGUUUAUAUUUUAUUUACUUUUUUUGUUUUGUAUUUAAACUUUUGUAAUGCAUGUUUAUAGAAAUUAGUGAACAAUAUAAUAUUAUGUCUCCUGUUACAAACUUUGUAAUUCGUCACCAUGUUUGAGACAAAACAAACUUUUUGUGUAAUUUUUUCAAAUUUAUCUUUUUUGUUGGGUAGAGUUUAUAAUGGAAUCUUCAACAUGAGAGCAA